AUGCCCGGGUUUCUAGGGUUCUGCGAUGCCUUCUUCCUGCCUCUGUCGAGAUACAGUGGGUUAUUGGUUUAUCUCCCUUCUGCUUUCCAUGACUGAUUUCACCUCCUCUGAGGCUUUUGCUGGUUUGCUGGUCGACGUCUGUGGGAUGGGACUAAUAAUGGUGGCCAUUCCUUUCUUCUUCCAGGAAUCGUCACCGCAAUCAUUUCCGCAGAGGGCUUCGUGGAGUUGUGAUCCUCAGUUGUAUCUUGUUCGCUCUUCCUGUCGCGUGGUCGUCAGCUCAGGGGAGCAUCCAUUUGAUCUCCCAUGCUCACGGCCAUGGCGACGGUUUUGAUGCCUGUGAAGAAGAUGGAUCGAGCUCACUGCACGCCCACAGUGUCUCGCCGGGUUGCAGCAACCAUAGAAACCUGUUCACCCGCAGAGAUCAUCCCAUCUUUCUCUCAUCAUUGUGUGGUUUUCUAGAUGGAGAUGAUGGCUGCGAGCAAUCGGGCUCUGAGGAUCGAUUAAAUGAGUUCUUCGAUGGCAUGAAGCUCUCCUGCUUCCAAGCAGAAGCUGCUGGCAGAAGAGACGAGGGUUUCACUGCUUCAAAUGGCAACUCUCAUGGUGAUGACGAUGGAGGUGGUUCAUGUGAAGCAUCCUCGGCCACUGAUACCUGGAGAAGCAAAAAUCUUCUGGGUUCUUCCUCACAGGAGUCAUCUCAAGGGAUUGACACCAAAUUUUCUGAUGGGUUUCCUUCUCCACGGGUCAAGAUAAGCCCCCCCUCCUUGGAUUGGGGGAUCGCCCAUCUGUUUUCCCCUUCCAAGAUCUUCUUGACCGUGACCAACAAUCACAGUGACAGCAGCUUGCUCAUUCACGAACCAUUCAGCUCUGAUCCACAGUUCUAUCCAUCUGGGCCCGAGCUGCUAUCAUUGGCACCUGGGGAAGCUGCAUCAAUUGGCUUCAUCUUCCUCCCGAGGCUUCUUGGCUCCUCAUCGGCCCAUCUGGUUCUUCAGACAAAUCGAGGCGGCUUUAUAAUCCACGCCAGGGGCACCGCUGUUGAGUCUCCCUAUAGGUUUCAGCCCCUGGUGGGGUUCGAAGCAGCCCCUGACGGGAGCUUGAGGAAGGCUCUGUCCAUGUACAAUCCUCUGGAUGAUGAUGAUGUGCAGGUGGAGGAAGUGAGAGCUUGGGUUUCAGUCUUCUUUGAGAAUGGUUCCCACUCUGCUCAGGUCAUCUGUCAGAGAGACCAGUCUCCUCCGCCAGCAGGUGGUGGUGGAGCUUUAAAUAGUAAGAGGUGGUUCAGCUUGGAAGAGGCCGGAUCUGGGGAGUUUCUCGUGGGGUUGAAGCCUCACAGGUCAUGGGAGCUUCAGCCUCACAGCACUGAAACUCUCAUGGAGAUCAGCCUGUUCAGCUCCAGAGAUGGGAAUUUCUCUGGAGCCAUCUGCGUGAAGCUCCACAGUUCUUUGCAUGGCAGGAACGACACGGUGGUAGUCCCUCUUGAAGCUCAGGUGAGAGAUGGAGCAGCUGAUCUUCGAGGGCCUGGUGGGUCUAUCUCUGUGUUCUUCGAGCCAGCCCUGCCAUUGCAGAGGGGAAGGUCAGUGUUUUCUCUCUCUAUCAGGAAUGGGGACUCACAUCCUCUGAGGUUGGAGAAGGUCAUUGAGGUCACUGAUUCUGUGAAGCUCUUCGAGAUCAAAUCCAUGGAGGGGCUGAUUCUCUACCCCGGGGCGGUGACCCUUGUUGCUCUGGUGGUGUGUUCUUCGAUUGCUGAUCUGAUGGAGAUCUCCACCAGUUCUUCAAUGGCCGUGAGCUUGAACUGCAAGCUCGCUGUGGUGACUAAUCAUUCGAUCAGUCCGAAGAUCGAGAUUCUCUGUCGAGACCUGGUGCAGUCUAGCUCAAAUCUUGGGUCUGAACAUUCAUUUGAAGAAUUGGUGCUACAGCGUGAAGGAGAAAAGUCAACCGAUGCAAGAACAGGCUCAGUGGGAAAUGCUGCUGUAGAACUGUUGCCCAUAAAGGUAUGAUCGCUCAAGCAAUAAUCCAGGAUUUGCAUCUAUUUAGAGUAAUUUACUACAUUGGGUAGUUGGGUUGAAAUUCUUCUUUUUUUUUUGCCAUUUAUGUUGGGUUUGUUAGAUGAAGAACUAUUGCCCCCUGAAAUUACAAUAUCUGGGGAAAUAAUUUACAAUAAUACUAAUGAUAAUAAUAUAUGCUACCACCCAAGAUUUCUGAUGAUCAUGUGCUGCCUUCUUUACAUAGAUUCACUACCUACAGUAGUUGAGCUGGAAUUUUUUAUUUUGUUUCCUGUUUGAGAAAGAACAAUUGUACAUGAAAAAAAAUAUAUAUAUCGCCCUGUAUUUGCAUGUAUUUCUCUGCUGAUCAUAUGCGCUCCUGUUCACAUUGAUUUAUUGUCUGUAAUCGGGCUGGAGUUAUUUUCCUUGCUUAGACCUGCGCUGGUUCUGCUGGAAAAAUUAAUUUUUUUUCGCAUGAAAGAGAAAAUAAUCCAUCCCUUUUGAGGGAAAAAUAUUCAUUUUCUUGGACAUUAGAUUGCCAAAUUUGUAUUGGAUCUGAUUUCUGUUGGCUUAUCGGAAUAAUUUUUUUUCAUUUUCAGCUUAAAGUUGACUUCUUCUAGCAAAUUCUCAUUAAGUUAAUUUUUGAACAGUUGGUUUUUAUGGAAAUAUCUAUCUGCAAGUCAGCAAUGACAUUUAAUCACAGAAUAAUUUUUUUUAUCGUAUAAUUUUCAGUUUAAUUGAUCUAUUCGUUAAAAAAAAAAGAAUCUGCAGCGGAGUUUGCUGGAAGCGAGAGCGAUCGAUGAGCUGAUGGUUGACAGCUGGAGAUCCCAAGCGACCAUGGAAGGCGUCUCUGUUCUUGAGCACCAAGAACUGAUCUUCCCAACCGUCCAAGCCGGGGAACAUCUCUCCAGAUGGAUCAAAGUCAGAAACCCAACCCAAAAGCCUGUUCUGAUCCAGCUGAUGCUGAAUUCGGCGGUGAUAGUUGACCGGUGCCAUACCGUUGACUUCCCAUCAGAGCAUAAGCCGUUGACCGGUUAUGGAUUCUUGGUGGCCGAGGGCGCCGUUGUGGAGGCCCUGGUCCCCCCCCUUGGGACGGCUGAGCUGGGGCCCGUUGACUUCCGCUCUAAGGGUCAAUGCAGGUGGAGGAGCUCGGCCCUGGUGAGGAGCAACCUCUCCGGGGUCGAGUGGGUGCUUCUACGGGCAGCCGCCGGCGCCCCGCCGCUCAUCCUUCUCGAAGGCUCCAAACCCGUUGACGAACUGGUGUUUGACCUCAACCUGCCCCCGCCGGAUCUCAAUGUUUCUUCUUCGGAGCCGCCGCCUUCUGAUGCAGCAGAGAGCAGCAGCAGGAGUUAUUCUUGCAGCCGCCUCUUCUCCAAAGAGAUCUACGCCAAGAACGUCGGAGAAUCCGCCGUCGAGGUGGUGGAGAUGGAUAUUUCAGGAAAUGGCUACGGGUUCGAAGGAUUCCUGGUGGACUGUCUAGGGUUUGUGCUGGAGCCAGGGGAGUCCACCAGGUUGCUCAUCUUCUUCCGACCGGAUUUCUCCUCCUCCUCCGCCGCCGCCGCCGCCGUGGUCCGGGGAUAUCUCCGGCUGGUUAUGGCCGGGGGCGUCCUCGAGAUCCCCCUGAAAGCUGCUCUUCCGCUGGCCAUGUUCCGACAAUGUGGGAAGCCCGCCGCCUGGUGGAGGAGACCCUUCUCCUGGAGAUACUCUCUCUUCGUCCUGUUGGUCGCCGCCGUCGCCGUCGCCGGACUGCUCCGCCGUCUUCCUCCUCCGACGACGAACCAGAGAAAGAGCUCCUCCAGGUGGGUGUUCAUGGCGGCCCUUCUGUCUUCGGCUGCUCGCCGCUGGUUUUUCCUCUGACGUCGGGCAUUGGGGUUCAUCCGCAGGUCGCCGGCGGAAGAAGAACGUAAACCAGAGGCCGGCGGCGAUGCCGCCGCCGCCGCUGAUCGGAAGACGGGGAUCCGGACGCAGCAGGUUAAAACAGACUCCGAUCGGCGAAAGAAGAAGACACGGUCGUCGUCGCCGUCGCCGUCGUCUUCAACGGGAAGGAGGAUGGAGUUGGCCGGCGGCGCCGCGGGGGUAGAGGGCGAAAGAUCGGGCAGUCUCACCAUCCAGGCCAUGAAGGAGAGGAGCCGCCGCCGCCGGCGGAGGGGGACGGCGGCGAGGCCCGACGUGUCCGGCAGCCAGAGUGGGAACUCCUCGCCGUCUUCCCCGCUGUCGCCGGAGGAUUCCGCCACCGGCAGCACAUUCGCCAACGGAGGCAGCGCCGCCGCCACUGCCGCCGGCGGAGAGAAGGCAUUGGAGUCUCCACCGGAGAAGCCGUGCUUGCGGCCGGUUCUCCUCCCCUCUGCGACCUUCCCAGGCGCUGGCCGGCGAGGAGACGGCGGCAAUGGCGGGAGCACUCCGAUGGCCCUGGACGCUCGAGCUCCCGGAUCGAGGCUCCGAACGGAGAAGACGGCGGCGGCCGGCGAGGGCUCAGCCGGCGGGGAGGAGUUCGUCUAUGACAUAUGGGGGAACCAUUUCUGCCACCGGCUGAUCGGAAGGACGACGGCGACGGCGACGGCGACGGCGACGGCGGCGGACUUUGCCGACGGCGGCGGCGAUUCGCAGAGCUUCUUCGUGAGAGACCCCGAGACGCUGAUGAUGAUGGCGGCGCCGGCGAGAUCUGGAGCUCGGGGCCAGGAGGAGGCCACUGCUUCUGGUGUACAGGAGGGGAUUCCGAAAAGGGUAAAAUAAGGGCUCUUCUUUUCCCUCUUUCUUCUUCUUCUUCUUCAUCGUCUCUCUCUCUCGCCCCCAGUGUGGCCCAGUUUCUCGGGCUUUCUUCAGGCCCGAGCCUUGUGAAGACGGCCCGCCUCGGUGGGCCAGCCCAAAUGAGUAGAUGA